AUGCGUUACAUUAGGUUUUCGUUGGCAGCAGCAGUAGCGUCUGGCCUUCUCUUUCUCGGUCUUGCUUCUACAGCAGUCGACGCAGCAUCCUCGUGCAAUCCUUCAACAUGCGUGCAUCCAGGUUGCGUGUGCCCGUCUAUGAUGCCUCCCAAAGGCAUGGACCCUAAGACAGUUCCGCAGUUCUUCACCCUCACAUUUGACGACGCCGUUCAAGGUCCAACUGUUCCUGUCGCUUCGUCACUCAUGAAGCCCCAUACCAAUCCCAACGGCUGUCCCAUCAAGGCAACAUGGUUUGCACAAACGGUCUAUUCUGAUUAUUCGCUUAUCCAACAGUGGUACGCUGCUGGCAAUGAGGUUGCAGAUCACACCAUGAACCAUCUGGGAACUCCGCCAGCAGAGGAGAUUGUUGGUAACCGUAAGGCUAUCAAUGCAUUCUCUGGAAUCCCCUUUGCCAAGCUGAACGGUUUUCGCGCCCCAUUCUUAAACUACUCCGAUGCCACAUUCCAAAUCCUGGGGCAAGAGAAAUUUCUCUACGACUCUUCAACCGCUGCCGUUCCCUCAGACGCAUAUUGGCCCUACACACUCGAUAGCGGUCUUCACAACGACUGCUGGAAUGGAAUCUGCGAUAAGACCAUUUCGAUUCCGGGCAUGUGGGAGAUCCCUAUGCACGCAAUUAUGGACAGCGACCUGCCCACAGCUAUUCCCCAUGUCAUGGAUGUUCAGCUGGAAGCCUCAGCCGAUGUUAUUACUGGCUUGUUGCACAAGAACUUUGACCGCCACUACCAAGGCAACCGCGCACCAUUCGGUAUUUACUUGCACCCAGUUCACGUCGGUAACGCGACGCAGCUCUACAAUGACUUUUUCACAUAUGCGCGCUCGCUCCCCGAUGUGUGGUUCGUGACAAACCAACAGUUGCUCCAGUGGAUGCAGAACCCUGUCCCGGCUUCACUGCUCGCAAACCAGCCCUACAUGAAAUGUGAGCAGCCCGCAGUCGGCAAGGAGAUCUGCAACGGAUUGGACGACACAAAGUCAGGCUCGAUUGACAAGGGUGUAUUGGAGACCUGCAACUUCGUUGCUGGUCCUUGGUCAACGUGCUACGGAUGCCCCAAGUCAAUACCCUCCGUUGCUGAUCCGGUCCCUGAGCGUGUUGCCGCUGCUGGCCAGAGUGGUUACCGCACACCUGUACCAUCGACCUGCGCCAUGGAGUGGUGGGAUCCUAUUGCGGCUCAAUGUCUCUGCCAGAGUUCGAACUGCACGUUUACAGACAUCGCGGUGUCCACUAACAAGGGCGGGGUAGAUCUCUCUGGGGGCUCUGGCAGCACCAGUACUGCACACAAUGCUGCUGGCCGACAGAUCUCGAAUGUUCGAACUGGGCUUGGACUGGUCGCUGUAGUAGCUGUUAGUCUAUCCCAGCUGCUUUAA